ACCAUGGGGCCUUCGAGGUAAAAAUGAAAAAUUAUUGGAUGACUUUAAUGACUUGAUAACAUUAGUAUAUUAUAGAAAAAGAUACCAUGAAAAUCUGAUAACAAAGAGAUUGAUGAAAUCGGAGAACUCCGUGAAGUUCAUGAAAUUCAAUGACGAAAUAAAGGAAAUCAAAGAAUCUAUAGAAAACAUAGAAUCUAUAGAACAUAGAAUCCAUGGAAGACAUAGAAUCCAUGGAACUACAGAAAUUCAUCAACGUUGUAAAUUACCGUAUAUCAUGGCCAUUGACAAAAAUAAAAGAUGA